CCCCGGGACUGCCCCAGCCUGUGGCCCCCGCUGGCCAAGGAUAGCGCUGGGGCUGACCCCCCCGCCCCGGCCUUUUGCAGACAUAGCCCAGGUGCACCGUGCGUGGGCUCUGGCCGUGGGUUCACGGGGGCCCUGCACCAGGCUCGAGUCUCACACACGCGUGCAACAUGAGUGUUGCUGUCAGCUGCUAGCCAGCUGCUGUGUUCCACCCAGAGGUGGCUGCAUUUCUCUGGUGGCCCGAGGACGGCGUGGGACAGCUGUCCAGCCCCUGCCCCAGGCUGGGAGAUGGACUACCAGGUGCGAGAGCGGUGGCUGCAGGAGGAGCGGGAGUAUCUGCAGAGCAUGGCGAAGCAGAGGGGCUCGCAGGAGCAGGGGAGGGCGCCGGAGAACGCCGGAGGUGGCGAUAGCAGGGGGAUCGCAGACCAGGCUGAUGCCAAUGGUGGACGGAGGCAGAGCAGGGCCCAGCCCAUUGUCCCCGAACCCCUCGCUAGUGACGAGGCCCUGCAGGUGCCCCAUGUCCCUAAGUCACCCAGGGACCGCAGCCUGAUUGCAGGGGCCGUGGAGCGCAAUGACUUCCUGCGGCUCCUGGGCGAGGGCCAGGCAGACGCCAUGGUGCAAAGCUUCAUGCCCGCCUGGCACGGCCCGGGGCACACGGUGCUGGCCGAGGGCACUGAUGGGGACGCCAUGUACAUCGUCGCUGAGGGCGAGCUGAGUGUGACCCAGCGCGGGUGCCACCUUCGCACGCUGCUCCCGGGGGAUGUAUUUGGGGAGCUGGCGAUCCUGUACAACUGCAAACGCACAGCCACUGUCACAGCGCUCACCCAGGUCCGGCUCUGGGCCAUCGACCGGCAGACCUACCGCACCAUCGUCACCAGCCAGGCCAAACGCCGGCGGGCCGAGAUCCUGGACUCCCUCAGAGAGGCGCCAUCGCUGCAAGGCCUGGCGGACGCUCAGCUCUCCAAGCUGCUGGACUGCAUGGAGGAGUGCACAUUCGCUCAUGACGAGGUGAUUGUUCGUGAACGGGACGAGGGGAAUAACUUCUACAUCAUCCUGAGAGGAGAGGUUCGGGUCAGCAGGCACGUGAAUGGGCGGGAGGAGCCGAUCCGGGUGCUGCGAGCCGGCGAGCACUUUGGGGAGCUGUCGCUGCUGCGCAACAUCCGCCGGACGGCCACCUGCCGGGCGCACGGGGAGGUUGCCUGCAUCACCAUCACCAAGGAAGACUUCCAGGAGAUCUGCCCCUUCUGCCCCACGCCCAGGCAGCUCUCAGAGCCAGACGUGGCUAUGCUGGAGGCUCCAUCGCUUCCUGAGCCUGGCCACGCCCCGGGCCCCGAGACAGCCCUGGCCCCGCUGCGGCUCCAGGACCUGGCGGCUGUGCGCUACGAGGACGGGCAGCACCAUGGCCUCCCCGUGGUCUUGGGCACCGGCGGCUUUGGCAGAGUUGAGCUGGUGCGCGGGCGGGGGCAGCUCUUUGCCCUCAAGCGGAUCCGCAAGGACCACGUGGUGCGGAGGCGGCAGCAGGGACACGUGCACAUGGAGAAGCGGGUGCUGGAGCGGAGCCGCUGCCCCUUCAUCGUGGGGCUCUUUGGCACCUUCAAGGACAGCCAGUACGUCUACAUGCUGCUGGAGUUCUGCCAGGGGGGCGAGCUGUGGACCAAGCUGCGUGAGGUGCGCUGCCUCGAGGAGGAGGUGGCCGUGUUCUGCUCGGCCUGCGUGGUGGAGGGACUCGACUACCUGCACGGCAACGGGAUCAUCUACCGGGACCUCAAGCCCGAGAACCUGAUGCUGGACAAGCAGGGCUACAUCAAACUGGUGGAUUUCGGCUUUGCCAAGGAGCUGGCGCGUGGGGAGAAGACCUACUCGUUCUGUGGGACCCCCGAGUACCUGGCGCCUGAGAUCCUGCGGCACGAGGGCCACGACUUCGCCGUCGACUUCUGGAUGAUGGGCAUCCUCAUCUUCGAGAUGCUGGUGGGCCGGCCCCCGUUCCACAGCUCCGAUCCCCAGAAGAUCUACAGCAAGAUCCUGGACGGGGUGUUCUCGUUCCCGGCCUACAUGAGUGAGGCCGCCUGCUCCCUGGUCUCCAAGCUGUGUCGGCACCGGCCCGGGCAGCGCUUGGGCAACACCCGCACCGGCAUCCGCGGCAUCAGGAAACACCGGUGGUUUGGCUCGGUGAAGUGGAAGCGUCUGGCUCUGCGGCAGAUCGAUGCUCCCACCCUGGCGCUGAUGAAGCAGGGCCCGCCCUACGCCAACUUCAAGCGCUUCUCGGUAGACUGGACGCCGGCCGAGGAGGAGUUCUCGGGCUGGGACGAGGAUUUCUGAGCAGCCGUGGGGCCCAGGCCAGCAGCACCACCAGGACUGGGGGAUGGGGGGACGCUCUGCUAGUGGCUGCUGCCCUGUUGCUGAGCUGGGCACGUGCCCCCUGCCCACGGGAGGACGGGGCCCUGGUCUGCUGUUAGCCCUGGGCUGGCCCCUCUUGGGCACGGGGCCCCAGCCUGGCAGACCCCGCUGGUGGGGAGCAGAGGGCCCUGGGCCUGCACAGGCCUGUUCCUGAAAGCGGCUGCAUGAGGGUGGGAGCUGCCCCGGGCCUGGCCCCCUGGGCUGUGGGCAAUAAAGUCCCCUGUGUGACUCCA